UGGGCGCGGGAGUACGGCGAGGCGGCGCGGCUGGCCGACGACGUGGGGUCCAUGGUCGCCGAGCGAGGGGCGCUCCCGCAGUCCGGCCCGGAGGCCACGCGGCACGCGUCGGCCAUCCGGAGGAAGAUCACCAUCCUCGGGACCAGGCUCGAGAGCCUCGACGGGCUGCUCGCCAGGGCUCCUCCCAAAUCCAUCACUGACAAGGAGUUGCGUAAGCGCCAGGACAUGCUUUCAAGUUUGAAAUCUAGAGCGAAACAGAUGGGGGAAAGUUUCAACAUGUCGACAUUUGCCAACAGGGAGGAUUUGCUCGGUCAGACUAAGAAAACUGCUGAUGACAUAAGCAGAGUGGCAGGGUUGGAUAACCAAGGGAUUGUUGGCCUUCAGAGGCAAAUCAUAAAAGAACAAGAUGAGGGUCUUGAGAGGCUGGAAGAGACGGUGCUGAGCACAAAACACAUUGCACUAGCAGUGAACGAAGAACUUACCCUGCAUACAAGACUGAUUGAAGACUUAGAUGAUCAUGUUGAUGGUACAAACUCGCGCCUCCAGCGUGUGCAAAAGAGGCUUGCGGUUCUGAACAAGCGCGCCAAAGGUGGCUGCUCCUGCAUGUCCCUGCUGCUUUCUGUGGUCGCUAUAGUGAUGCUUGUGGUCAUUGUCUGGCUUCUGAUGAAGUACCUGUAACCUUUGCCAAAACUCAAACCAGUGUCAGAUGUACAGACUUUCAAAGCUAAUAUGAUUAUCGUCGCUUUGCCUCUGUUUUCAGUGGAAUUGGCAAAUAUAUGUGUGUUGCACGCGAUAA